AUGGCUAAAAGAGAUUACGAAAAAGAUAAAGAGCAACUGAAGACUUUCUUAAUGGAAUAUUGCGUGCAAGACACCUCCGGCUCGAAGCAUUUUAAAUACUCCAACCAACUGACUAAACUAGCUCACCGUGAGCAAGUCGGAAUGUGGAUAGAACUCGACGAUGUAAAUGACUUCGAUGAUGACCUAGCUAAAGCUAUUCAAUUGAACGCCAGGCGCUACAACACAUUACUCGCCGAUAUUGUUCACGAACUUUUACCAACGUUUGUACAAAAAGACGUCACGGCUAAGGACGCUUUGGAUCUCUACAUUGAACAUCGACUGAUGAUGGAAAACAGACUGACGCAACCGAACGAGCACCGAGAAGCCAGGAAUAAGUUUCCUCCUGAGCUAAUGCGACGUUUCGAAAUUUACUUUCAAAAUCAAACCACGAACAAACCGAUGCCGAUCAGAGACAUCAAAGCCGAGCACCUCGGAACGCUGGUCACAGUACGAGGAAUCGUGACUCGUUGCACGGAAGUGAAGCCAAUGAUGCGAGUGGCUACUUACACUUGCGAUCAAUGCGGGGCCGAGACCUACCAGCCCGUCACCGGCCUGAAUUUCAUGCCGAUCGUGAUGUGCGAAAGCGAGGAUUGCAAGACCAACAAAUCGGGCGGUAGGCUCUACCUGCAGACCAGAGGAUCCAAGUUCGUUAAGUUCCAAGAGAUUAAAAUACAGGAACAAAGCGACCAAGUACCAGUCGGACACAUUCCUCGAACUCUAACAAUAUUCUGCCGAGGCGAAGUUACCAGACAAGCUCUUCCCGGAGACCACAUAGCGGUAACCGGUGUAUUUUUACCGCUGAUAAAGCAAGGCUACAGGCAGAUAAUCGGCGGUGCUUUGCCCGAAACUUACCUAGAAGCUCACAAAUUGAUAUGCCUCAACAAAAUGGAUUCAGACGCGUCUGAUCACCUCACUCCCGAAGAGCUAGCGACUUUGACUGAAGACGAUUUUUACACGAAGCUGGCCAUGUCGCUGGCGCCCGAAAUCUACGGACACAUCGACGUUAAGAAGGCUCUGCUCCUGUUACUAGUAGGAGGCGUAGACAAGAAACCCGACGGGAUGAAAAUCCGCGGCAACAUCAACAUAUGCCUAAUGGGCGAUCCCGGUGUUGCCAAAUCGCAAAUGUUGGGCUACAUCAACAGAUUAGCGCUGAGAAGCCAGUACACCACGGGAAGAGGUUCCUCCGGAGUAGGUUUGACUGCAUCGGUUAUGAAAGAUCCGAUGACCGGCGAAAUGAUGCUGGAAGGAGGAGCACUAGUGUUGGCUGAUCAAGGAGUUUGCUGCAUUGACGAGUUCGAUAAAAUGGCCGAUGAAGAUCGAACAGCCAUUCACGAAGUCAUGGAACAACAAACCAUUAGUAUAGCCAAAGCCGGUAUAUUAACAACCUUAAACGCCAGGGUGUCGAUUCUAGCAGCCGCUAAUCCGGCUUACGGUCGUUACAACCCCAAAAGGUCCAUAGUGCAGAAUAUCCAGCUACCCGCCGCACUGCUCUCGCGUUUCGAUCUACUCUGGCUCAUCCAGGACAAAGCGAAUCGGGACAACGACCUGAAGCUGGCCCAGCACAUCACCUACGUGCACAGGCACAGCAAACAGCCCCCCAUGGAGGUCGAGGCCCUCGACAUGAAGGUCAUGAGGAAGUACAUAGCCAUGUGCAAGCUGAAAGAUCCGGUUAUACCGGAGGAUUUAACAGAUUUUAUCGUCGCGGCUUACGUGGAACUGCGAAAAGUCGCGAGGAAUUCCAAAGACAUGACGUUCACGUCGGCGAGAAACCUCCUCGGUAUCCUGCGUUUGUCCACCGCCUUGGCCCGCCUGAGGCUCUCCGACGUGGUGGUGAAGGACGACGUGAACGAGGCCAUCAGGCUGAUGGAGAUGAGCAAGGAUUCGCUGACGCAGACGUUCGAGAACCAAGGACAACGGCCGCCCAACGUCAACGAUAAGAUAUUCGCGAUCGUGAGCGAACUGGCCGGCGACGGGAAGAGCGUGAUGGUGUCGAGCGCGCUCGAGAAGUGCGCGAGCAAAGGGUACAAUCCCGAUCAGGUGGACGCCUGCAUCGAGGAGUACGAGACUUUGAACGUUUGGUUGGUGAACCAAACCAGAACUAAGCUCACUUUUAUUUAA